GAUUUGGUUUUUGGCAACAGUUCUGUGCCUCCUUCAACUCACUGCAGCACCUGACUCGGCUCCACUGCCUAAAGAGAGUUUGAAUCUGCUAGUUCGUGGUUCCAGAGAGAAGGAAGAGAAUAAGAUCUGGGUGGCUUCACCAAGCACCAGAUUUGAAGAUGACACGUGGAAGGGUCGUUCUUCUACUUCUCCUGGAGUUUGUACUGGUGGAGAGCGUUGUGGUGACCGGACAAACCGAACAGUCGCGAGUGUGGGAGGGAGACCGAGCGGUAGAACAGCAACGUAUCGAGAAAGAAUGCGUGGGCAAGGCCUUGGACCUGGUCUUCAUCAUCGACAGUUCACGUAGUAUACUGCCCCGCGACUUCGAGAGGGUGAAGGACUUCAUCGUCAACAUCCUCCGCUUCCUGGAUGUUGGUCUGGAGAAGACCAGGGUGGGCCUGGUCCUCUACGGCAGCACGGUGGAGAAGAUCUUCUCGCUGGGCACCCACGGGAAGGUGGAGGACAUGGAGCGGGCGGUCAGGAGGAUGGAGCACCUGGCCACAGGCACCAUGACGGGCAUGGCCAUCAAGUACACAGCCGACGUGGCCUUCUCCGGCCAGGAGGGGGCGAGGCCGCUGGGCCUGAACAUCCCGCGGGUGGCCGUCAUCGUGACAGACGGGAGGCCCCAGGACCCCGUGGCGGAGCCAGCAGCACGAGCCAGGGACGCGGGCAUCCUCAUCUUUGCCGUGGGCGUGGGCCGGGUGGACAUGACCACCCUGCGGCUCAUCGGCAGCGAGCCCCACGAGAAGCACGUCUUCUUCGUGCAGAACUUCAGUAUGAUCCAGACCCUCCUCUCAGAGUUCCACACCAAGAUCUGUGAUACAGAUCUUUGCGGGGUAGUGGGCCAUGGAUGCGAGCAGAUCUGUAUAAAUGCGCCAGGAUCAUUCAUCUGCAAAUGUAAAGCAGGAUUCAUCCUGAACAGCGAUCAGAAAACGUGCAGAAGGAUCGACCAGUGCCAGGUUGGGGAACAUGGGUGUGAGCACGAAUGUGUCAGCACAGCGACUUCAUAUAGUUGCCGAUGUCGCACAGGAUUCACACUCAAUCCAGAUGGGAGGACGUGUCGGCGUACCGACUUCUGCCUCUCAGCCAAGAACACAUGUGAGCAUGAAUGUGUCAGCACCGCGGACAGUUACCUCUGCAAAUGUCGGAAAGGAUACAUACUUAAUCCAGAUGGGAAGUCCUGCCGACAGUGUAGCAGUGGAGCAAUGGAUCUUGUCUUCAUUAUUGACGGAUCAAAAAGACUUGGAGCCCGGAAUUUCCAGUUGGUGAAACAGUUUGUCAACAACAUCGUGGACGGAUUGGAAGUGGCGCCGAAUGCGACUCGGGUGGGUCUGGCGCAGUACUCCGCCAGAGUCCGGACGGAAUUCCCUCUCAGACGCUACAGCACGGCCAAGGAAGUCAAGGCAGCCGUGAGCCGGACAAAAUACGCGGGUCAAGGAUUGGGAUGGGGAGUGGCCGUAAGGCAGCUCUUCAAGCAGAGUUUCAGGGUGGUGGAAGGAGCCCGGCACCUUUCCCGCAACAUCCCCAGAGUGGCCAUCAUGUUCACUGAUGGCCGGGAGCAAGGCAACAUGGCGGAAUGGGCAACCAAAGCAAAGCAGAACGGUAUCAAUAUAUAUGCUGUUGGGGUUGGGGAGACAAUUGAAGAACGACUGCAGCAAAUUGCUUCAUUUCCUCAAGAUGAACACUUGUAUUACGCAAGAAACUCCAGGUCCAUGGGUGAAAUUGCUGAAAAAGUGAAGGCACAGAUUUGCAAAGGAAAUCCAUCAGCUGGUGAUCGAUGCAAAUGCCAAGCAGUUAUGGCUUUCCAGAUACAAGCUAAUGAAGAAAUACAAAGAUUAACCCAGAGAUUAGAUGAAGUACUGAAAAGGCUGAAGACUGUUGAAAAUUAUGUCACAACCAAGUAGGAACAACAAAAAACACUGUCCUUUGCCCUCACUGUAAAUGGGGGAGCUGCAGCAUGGUGCACUGGGUAGCUUUACAAUCAAAGAACACUGUCAAUGUACACAUUUAAUGGAAUCCAAUUGACAAAAGAGAAUUAUUGUCUCUACUGUACAUCACUGACAGUGCGGCAUUUUAUAUUUGUAUGCCAGCUAGUACACUACCAACUUCUAACGCCUGGAAUGAAAAUAUGCAAACUCAACCAUUUGAGGUUUUUUUUAAAUUUCAAAAGCUAUUGCAAGUCAUUGAAAUAUACCUACUACCUUUUAUGCAUAGUUUUCUAACCAAUUGUGAAAUGUUUAUGAUGCAAAUAAAGAUGGCAGAAUGCAAUUA